AUGGCAGACAGCGGCCCCACGGCCGCUGCCAGUGUCGCGCAGUCCUCCAUCGCAGUUCCAGGUUGGGCUAUUGCGACCGCUGCUAGCAACAUCGGGGAAACAGCAUCGCCGCAGUCUGGGCCGGGGCAAGGUACCGGCGCUGUGUCGCUCGAAGAUUCACAGCGGACCUAUACAAACAGCAACCCGACCAGCGAUCAAAAGGUUGCCCGCCCGUCCGCCAUGAGGAAUAUCGCCGUUCUCCCGUUGGAGUCAGCUAGCGGCGCGCGAAGUCGCCCAAGUGCAAACCAACGUUUGCCUGAACACGACAUCGAGAAGGGCUCAUUUAAGUUGGCAAAUACUGAGUCUAAAGUAUCAAAGCGGACGCCGACAAACUGCAGUCCGCUAAAUUCGCGGCAGCAGUCAGUAGUUCCUGAGCUGCCGCCGGAAUGGCAGGUUGCAGCAGGCAUUAAGAACUCGGGCGUGUCAGAUUCCACUUCUAGCUGUUGCGGGAGGAUCCGUAGCACAGAUGGCUCGGGUACGAAAGGCGCGACGGUCUGCUCCCGAAAAAGGUGGCGUGCAUGCGCUCACAGCGUCAUUCUGGAGUUCAAGAAAGUAAUAGAAGUGGUUCAUACGAAGCCGCUGGUGUUGCUGCCUGGCAUUGCGGUGUUGGCCAUUGUGCUGGGACUGGGGCUGUGGGCGCUCAUUGCCGCGUCGAGUGCGGAAGAGAGGUUCAGACAUGACUCGGCUACCAAGAUCGCCACUGACAAGGCGCUGUACAUUCAAACAGAGCUCGACAAAACCUUCAUGCCGGCGUACGUGGUGGCGACUGCCGUACAACAAGAUCCCAAUUACUACCCGACCCAACCGGCGAACCUAAAUCAAGUGUAUAAAAACCAGUGGUACCUGGUCAACAAAAAAUUUGAUAAGCUGGCGGGCGACCUUAUUGCUUUGACCAAGGCUGGCUCCGUUCGUACUGUAUCGGCCAUCCCACACGGCGUCAUCCGUACAAUGUACCCGCUGAACGGUACGGAACUGGCGCACGACAGGAAUUGGGGCGCCAUUGGGAAGAACUGGCUCAACGAUUCGGUCAACGCGGCGCCAGUCAAAGUCUCAUUGCAAUCACACAAUUUGACCAUCAUUGGGCCGUACAACUUGGUUCAAGGAGGCAUCGGCAUUGUGGGCAUGCAAUCUAUCUUUGUCAACGCCACCCGCGAGGACACCUUUGGCAUCCCCCCAGGGCUAGUUACCGUGCUGCUGAGCUGGGACUUUCUGAGAGACAACGUCACGAACCUGCAGGACUUAUCAGCGCAGGGUUACGACUACGUGCUGACGCGUCCGGAUAAGAACAACACCAACUUGGCGGUGGAUUGGUCCCCCGGCAUCGACCCGCCACGACCCCCCGGAUUCAACGUCUCGUCGUCUGGGUCGCGACCCCUCAUCUACUAUGACCUGCCCAGCGCCCUGCAAGACCCGGUGAUUGUCAAGGUGCCGCUACCCAACGUGGAGUGGACGUUGUACGUCAGUCGUACAGGAGGAUGGGUGCCGUCAUGGAAGGCGCCGCUGAUUGCGAUGGUGGUCAUCUUGUCCUUUGUGUUGUCGCUGCUUGUGUUUGCCGUACUGGUGUCGCGGGUGCAGCAGCGGCGGCUGUUGCGCGACGUGGUGGAAGCUGCGGGUAAGCUGGCAAGCACUACUCGUAUUUUGGAGGAUGAGAAGAACCGCAUGCAGGCUCUCCUCGCGCGUCACUUCGACCUGAUCGAUCUGUUGGAGGGAGGUGCGGGGGGCCUGGCGGGGUCGCUGCAGGGCGCAGGGGGGGGGGGUGCCGCGGCCAGCGGCGACGGCGCGCGUUCCCGUAUCGACAUCCUGCGACAGAAGAUGUUGCUGACUGGGACCAGCUUGCGGCGGGAGCAGCUGGGGGAGGCCGAGCAGGUCACUAUACAGGAGAUGUUGGGGGAGGGCACUUUUGGCAAGGUGUACAAAGGUUUGUGGCGCGGCACGGAGGUGGCCAUCAAGACCAUCGUCCUGCCCGCGAACAUGAGCGGCAAGGAGAAGAGGGAGAAGAUGGCGGUGAUGGAGGCAGCCAUCAGCUCUUCCCUGGCACAUCCCAAUAUCGUACAGACGUACACGUACCACAUUCGGCCGCUGCGGGACUCCUCUGUCACGCCCUGCCUGCCGCCGCCGUCGCCCCAGCGAACUGCCGCCACCCCCGCCGCUGCCGGCGGCGGCGGCAGCGGGGAGGCAUCCGGCGGAGCCGCCGCCGGGGCCGCCACUGCUGCCGCCACUGCGGCCGUCGCCGCCAGCGGUGACGGUGUCGGACGGACGCAGAUCCUCGCGGACGUGGGAGCCAUCGUGGUCCAGCUCGUCCUCGAGUACUGUGACCGGGGUUGCCUGCGUGAUGCUCUGGACGCGGGCGCGUUCUUCUCCGCUAAUGGUCUCAACUACCCGGCCAUUUUGGAGACCGCUGCAGACAUUGCCAAAGCAAUGUUGCACCUGCACCUCAACGAUGUACUGCACAGCGAUCUUAAGGCCACCAACGUGAUGCUCAAGAGCACGGGGGGCUCUGAGUCCGGUCGUGGAGUGAUCGCUAAAGUGGCGGAUUUCGGUUUGUCGGUUCGUCUGGACCCCACAGCCACCCACAUGUCUCACGCGUUCCAGGGCUCCCUCACACACAUGGCCCCGGAGGUGAUGCUCCAGGGCCACAUCAGCAGGCCGGCAGAUGUUUACGCGUUCGGCAUUACCCUGUGGGAGAUCUUCACCGGUGGCCAGGCGUACCGCGGCCGACCUUUUCCGAGAUCUUGGAUUUGCUUAACAAGAUGCGAAGCUAUCGUUGUGGGGGGUCGCCUGGUUUCAUUGAACGCCGCCAUUCACUCGGUGGAGUCCAACGGGGGCCGCAUGAUGCUGGGGGGCAACAUCGCCGCCGCGGGGGCGUCACUGGGGGGUCUGGGGCUCCCGGGUGUACUGGAGACGAUCAAUGAGGAGGGAAUGGGGGAUGUGAGCGCGGCGCUGCCGCCGGCGCCGGCGGCAGCGGCGGCGGCGGCGGCUGGCGCCGCCGGCGCCGGCGUAGCAGUAGAAGCCCUUCAUCGCAAUGUAACACAGCAGCAGCAGCAACAGCAGCAGAUGGACGAAGGGGGUUGGGCGGGCGGUGGCUUAGCACCGGCGGCGGUGACGGUGGCGGUGUCUCGAGAAGUGAAGGUGUGUACGUAUAUGUAUACGUAUGUACGUAUAUAUGUCUUGCGGAUGAUUGCGUAUUUGUGCUCCUGUCCUGUCCUGUCCUUUUUCUAUGAGAUGAGCGGAGCCGGGGCCUCUGGCCCAAUUGUCGUACGGGAGACGCUGGUUUACCGAGCAUUUGAAUUGUUGUGGACGGCGAGGGUAAGAGACCGUUGGCGGUUGGAGCGGUUGGAAGACCCACGCGAGCGCAAGCGAGUGAGAGGGCGGAUGGUAAGAUACAUAUCACGCUUUGCUUUAACUAACUGUCAUAUGCCCUUCUGCUCGGUGGCGGUUGCAACGGUUGAUGUGGUGGGCAUUUCAGGGGGCGAUGCGGCUCUGGCGAACUAACUCUUCGCUGUUGCGAGGUGCCCUAAUAAAACCGCGGAUUAGUAUCGGCUGCGAUGGUGAUUGGGGCAAAGGAAGCCCAAACCAGCCAACUGGAAAAAACUGUGCAAGGAAAGGAUGUCUUGUCGUGUGGUGGUUGGGUGCUGUUAUAUACGGUUGGUCCUUUGCUGGUCCUCUGGCUGCUUUUCAACGGUUGGUUGCUCUGCACCACGUUUUCAGCUCAAGGGGGUUCACGGGGGUUUACCUGGAACCGGAUUAGGUUCUCGCCAUUCCGGACACCAAUGAUGCCAAUGGGAGGCCGUUUUUAGUAAUUUAGUAGUGUGUAGCACUUGGGGGACGCGAUGAUGGUAAUGGUGGUGAAUGGGGAGGUGAUGUCGAGUUGAUAAAUACACGCAUACACGUUCUUCGUGAUCUUGUAUG